AUGGCGGCACCAGCUUUUAAUCUCACCCCGCUGGACCAUCAGCUUCUGGCCAUGACCGACGAGGAGUUUGCAUACCACGACUGGAAUGAAUUGAAGGACAUUAUCGCCCGAAAUGAUCUGGGCGCUCUCAAACGGAAGCCCUCCGAUCUCCGCCGGUACCUGGCCUGGUCUGCGGAGACGAAGACUCAGUAUGGUUCGAUCAUGAACUACAUCUGCCAGCGGCGACUGCAGUGGCCUUUACCGGGUGCCGCUAACGGCACUGAUUCGGUUAUCCACCCUCUGGCGGCCUUCAAAAACCCGUGCCCCUUUGCCGAUCCCGAGGACUACAAGAUUCUCCGCAAUGACUGGCCCUAUGGGCUCACUCCGGGUAUUUCGCAUCUGGUCGUGUGGCUGCGUACCCCAAUCCCCGUGCAAUCCGGGGAAGGUCAUUUGACAGAUGAGUCGCGAGCCCUGAUCAACACCUUCGUGCAGAAGACCUUUGUGGACCGAUUGGCUCGGGAAUCUGCUUUCUCGGAUCCUGCGGCGCAUGUGCUUUGGUUCAAAAAUUGGGUCGGCCUCCAGAGUGUCCGCGCCCUUGAACACGUCCAUAUUCUCGUCCGUGACGUUCCCGAAGAUAUUUUGGUUGAAUGGUCGGGCGAAUAA